AUGUUCCCUUCCUCAACUUCUUCUUCUUCUUCUUCACCUUUUCUUGGCGCACCCAUGCCCAACACUACUUCACUAUCCGCUGCUGCUUCCUUCUCCGACAACAUCUACACCACUUUCAUCAACCACACUCAACAACAAUCACUACUAUUCCCACCCCCAACCGCCGCCGCCUCUCAGCCGCCGCUCCAAAAGCAGCCCAAGAAGAAACGCAACCUCCCCGGCAACCCAGAUCCGGAGGCGGAGGUGAUCGCGCUGUCCCCCAAGACCCUGAUGGCGACCAACCGGUUCGUGUGCGAGAUAUGCAAGAAAGGGUUCCAGCGGGACCAGAACCUGCAGCUCCACAGGCGGGGCCACAACUUGCCGUGGAAGCUCAAGCAGCGGAAAGAAGAGGCCGCGAUGAUGAAGAAGAAGGCGUACGUGUGCCCGGAGCCGAGCUGCGUGCACCACCACCCGUCUCGGGCGCUGGGGGACCUGACCGGGAUCAAGAAGCACUUCUGCAGGAAGCACGGCGAGAAGAAGUGGAAGUGCUCCAAGUGCUCCAAGAUCUACGCCGUCCAGUCCGACUGGAAGGCACACUCCAAGACCUGCGGCACCAGGGAGUACCGAUGUGACUGUGGCACCCUCUUCUCCAGAAAGGACAGCUUCAUAACCCACAGGGCAUUCUGCGACGCAUUGGCAGAGGAAAGCGCCCGCCUCUCCGCCCACCAACUCGCCUCCGCCGCCGUAACUACACCAAACAACCCGCCGCUCCAACAAACCCUAGAAGCUUCCCAUUCCUCUUCUCCUCUCUUGUCACAAAUCUUACCGGCGGCGGCCUGGCAGGACAUCCACAUCAAACCGGAAUCUCAUCAAUUCCCGAUCCCAUCACCCCUCUACCACCACCCUCCUCCACCGUCGCACCACCUCUCCGCCACCGCGCUCCUCCAGAAGGCCGCCACCCUGGCCGCAACUCAGGCCGCCGCGGCGCAGACCCAGAUGUCGCACCUCGACAUGGGCGAGCUCGGAGCCGCCGUGGCCCCACGCCGCUGCCAGCAGCAGCAAGCCGUUGAACCCUCCGGGAGCUGCAUUAAUGGCGGGUUCACCACGUGGCAGCAGAAGAGCGAUCGUUUUACUAGGGACUUCCUCGGUUUGACCGGCCACGAAGACCGCCGAGGAGGCGGAAGCAGCGGCGGCGGCAGCGGGACGUCAGAUCAUCAUAUGGGGUUUGGUAAUGCGAGGGAAAUGCUGGGGUACGGCGGGGGCGCAGGGCUGCAGCGGUACACCUGCCUUGGGAGUGACGUGGCGCUGAUGAAACCAUUGCCGGGGUUUGGGUUCGCUGCGGCUGCUCAGCCGCCGCCGCCGCCUGAGACGUGGAGAGACUGUUAA